GUGAACGAGCUGCGCAUGGAGCCGUCAGGUGGCGCUGUGGGCGUGUCCUCGCUACAGGAAGCUGGAACAGGAAGUGACCUUCGUUCUGCCUUCUGGGACAACAUGGCGGUCUUGUGUAAGGUUGUUUCCAGCUUCAGGGGUGGACUUCGAUUCACCUCCUUCAGGUUUUUCAGAAACUCCUUCAGUUCAGACUCCAGCGGGACCUCCGGCAGCGACCAGUCCGCUUCACCCAGACUCAAAUCGGGCUUCGCUGCCGCGUUCGACCAGCAGUCGGAGCUCCGGCGGGAGGCGGUGAGCGCCGCGGACGGCAGCAGCGCCUCCUCCAGACAAGAGGAAAGCUUCGCCUCGCUGCUCCGCCGGUCCCCGCUGAUCCAGAUGGGACCAGCCAAAGAUAAAGUGGUGGUCGGGAAGAUCUUCCAUGUGGUCCAGGACGACCUGUACAUCGACUUCGGCGGGAAGUUUCAUUGCGUGUGCCGGCGGCCGCCCAGCGGACAGCAUCUGCAUCGCGGCACCAAAGUCCGCCUGCGGCUGCAGGACCUGGAGCUCACCGCCCGCUUCCUGGGAGCCAACACCGACACCACGCUGCUGGAGGCCCAGGCCGUCCUGCUUGGCCCGAUGGAAGCCAGGGACGGGGGGAAACAGUGAGCCCGCUGUGGUAAAAUGUGAGGUUUUCCGAAGGGAGUUUUGCAGGUGCGGGACUCGGACGUGAGGAGGGACCCUGAACGCCUCUCUGCUCCUCAUGAGGAGGACUGUGAUGUUGACUGAUGUGCUUGAUUUGUCUUCGCACGUCACGUUGAACCAAAACCUCCCCUGGAAUGUGACGUUUGGUUUGGACUGUGGACUCCAGCUGAGUGUUUACCUGCCGGGAGGACGAAGCCGCACGACCCCCGACAACAUUAAUCCACGUGUGAUCGUCCACACACGCGCACGCCGGCUUGUUGUCAGAUUUAAAUGCUCAUUUGUGUCUCACAGUUCGGACUCGAGUGGUUUUGACCUCCUUACAGUGAAAUAACGUUUCUGUGCUGAAGUGCGUAAACCACAUGAGUGUUCAGGCACACUGAAGUGUCAUUGGGAAAUAAAGAUGGAUGACGUCCAA